AUGGCCGCUGUGAAACAGCAGGUGCUCAACUGGCUGUACAGCGUACUAACAAGCGAAUACAAAGAUGUGAACCGUACAUACAAUGAUGUGGCCCAGACACUAUCGCAUUACUCCUCGCUCGCUCCCCGAACCGAUGUCUACACUUAUGAGCAUGGCAAAUCGGCUCUCCUCCUCCACAUGUCAGGUACCCUCCCGGUGGUAUUUCGAGGCACAACAUACAGGUUCCCAAUUGCACUAUGGGUGCCGCAUGCAUACCCUCUGGAGCCUCCUCUCAUAUAUGUCACGCCGACAGAGGGCAUGAUGGUUAGACCAGGACAGCAUGUUGACCCGCAAGGCAAAGUCUAUCAUCCAUACUUGGUGGGGUGGGCAGAGUUCUGGGAUAAGUCCAACAUUCUUGAUUUCCUAGCAAUCCUACGCGAUGUUUUUGCGAAAGAGCCUCCUGUUGUAUCUCGACAACAACAAACUGCCCCUCCACGUCCGCAUCCAAGCCAGGCACCCCCUCCUGUACCUCCGCCGCCUCCAGGAUUAGCACGUCCGACCUCCAGAUCCACAAUUGCGAGUCCGAAUGGGCAAAUUGGACCUCCGCCUCCGCCACCCAAGCCAGCGAAUAAUCCCCAGCAAUUCUCGCCUGCUGGGCCAUCGAGGCGGGACAGCGGGCCUCCUCUACCUCCCCUACCUUCGCAAACGGGGUACGAGAAUCCUCCACAUGGUCAGCAAGGACUACCCCAAAAUAAUUAUCCUCACAAUCCGCAGAGGAGCAGCAGUCUGCGUUAUGAGACAGCUCCUCCCCAACCACCUCAACCUCAGAGGCAACAUGGCCUGAGACAGUCUAUAGACGGCCCUCCCACUUCUCCACCAGGUCCUCAGUCGUACCAACAACAGUACCAGGCCCAGAAUCCCCACCCUCAGUAUGGCCCUCCACAAUCUCGAUCACCGCCUUCAUACAAUCCUCACCAGCAACAACAGCAUUUACAGCAAUACAUCGGCCAGCAAUCUCAAUGGCAACAUCCUCCUCCAAAACCUCAAGUGAAACCUCCACCACUUCCAGAUCUUUUAGACGCGCCACUAGUCCUUUCAGUACCCUCUGAAGCAUCCACGAACCUUCCAGCUCCCCCAAUACCUCCGAACCCAGAGAAAGACAUGCUUCUGCACAACUUAGGAAGAUCGUUAUAUGCACAGCGGCAGCAUACCCGCAAUCAGACUGUAUCUAGCCUACCGGGAUUAGAAGCACAGCACAAGGCUAUGUUAGCCUCACUUGCAAGCAUGCAAGCCGAAAUCCAAGCUCUCGAGUCCCUGAACAAUCUCCUAUCAGCAAAUACCAAUAUCCUACACACCGCCCUUCACGAUGCGGAUGCAGUGAUUGACCAGAGUCAGCACCGGACGGCACCAAAUGUGGAUGAACUCUUAGUCGCCCCCACAGUGGUUGGAAAUCAGUUGUACGAACUCGUGAGCGAAGAAAGGAGCUUGGGCGACGCAUUGUUUGUUCUUGGGAGAGCAGUCGAAAGGGGGAGAAUAAGCCCGGCAGUCUUCGCCAAGAUGACAAGAACUUUGGCGCGAGAGUGGUACUUGAAGAAGGCAUUGGUGAAAAAGAUCGGCAAAGGAAUGGGCCUGGCAACUUAUUGA